AUGCUGGCUUCCAACAAUUCAUAUGUGGCUCCAAAAUCUUUUAUUCUUGAUGGAAUUCCUGGUCUGGAGAGAGUACAUGUAUGGAUCUCUCUCCCAUUCUGCACAAUGUAUAUCAUUUCCCUUGUGGGAAACCUUGGCCUUGUGUACCUCAUUUAUCACGAAGAGUCCUUACAUCGUCCAAUGUAUUUCUUUCUGGCCAUGCUCUCCCUCAUUGACCUCUUUACCUGCACCACCACUCUACCCAAUGCACUCUGCAUCUUCUGGUUUAACUUCAAAGAAAUUAAGUUCAAUGCCUGCUUAGUUCAGAUGUUCUUUGUCCAUGGGUUCACGGGUGUGGAGUCUGGUGUACUCAUGCUCAUGGCUCUGGACCGCUAUGUCGCUAUUUGCUACCCAUUGCGUUAUGCUACCAUACUCACUAACUCUAUUAUUGCCAAAGCUGGGAUUGCCACCUUCUUGAGGGGUGUGUUACUAAUGAUUCCUUUUCCUUUCUUAGUCAAGCGUUUGCCUUUCUGCCAAAGCAAUAUUAUCUCCCAUACAUAUUGUGACCACAUGUCAGUGGUGAAGUUAUCCUGUGCUAGCAUCAAGGUCCAUGUCAUCUAUGGUCUGAUGGUUGCCCUCCUGAUUGGAGUAUUUGACAUUUGCUGUAUAUCCGCAUCUUACACUAUGAUCCUCCGUGCAGUGGUCAACCUUUCAUCAGCAGAUGCUCAGCAGAAGGCCUUCAGCACCUGCACUGCCCAUAUAUCUGCCAUUAUCAUCACCUAUGUUCCAGCAUUCUUCACUUUCUUUACCCACCGUUUUGGAGGACACACUAUUCCCCCUUCUCUUCACAUUAUUGUGGCUAAUCUUUAUCUUCUUCUUCCUCCAACUCUGAACCCUAUUGUUUAUGGGGUAAAGACAAAGCAGAUCCGUGACAGUGUCAUAAAGCUCUUCCGGGGUGAGAAAGGUGCAGGUAUUCAGGACAACUGA